CCGAGCGCGGCGGGGCGGAGCGGCCGCGGCCCCCGCGCUGCUCCCGCCGUGCCGCCGAGCCAUGGAGGGCUUCGUGGACUUCACCAACCGCUGCCAGGGCCGCGACCAGCUCUUCCGAGCCACUCAGUACACAUGCAUGUUACUUAGCUAUUUAAUAGAGAAUAAAACCGAUAAAAAGAAGCUGGUAAUGAAACUCAAGCAGUUGGAAUCUAGCAUGAGCUCUGGCCGGAAAAUGCUCAGACUGGGCAACGUGGUGCACGCCUUGGUGGCAGCGAGGAGAACUGCAGAGCUGCCCGAGGUGGUUCCUCGCUUCUGCCUCACAGCCUCGCACCUGAGCCGGGCCCUGUACUUCGUGUGCGACGCGGUGCUGUGGCUCAGGAGCGUCGGGCUCCAGCCGGACAUCGACAAACCCAAGUGGCAGAACUGGGCUACCAAGUGCUACUACUGCUCACUCCUGAUGAAUCUGGCCAGGGACUGGUAUGAGAUCUCCUGGAGGCUGGAACAAGCUGCGCUGGAAGAACAGACCAAGGAGAAUUUCUUCUGGCAGAAGCACAGCAAGGAACUAAACGGUGUGAAAAGUGAUGGUGUGCACGGUUUUCUCUGCCAGCUCUUUCAGAUACUGAAAAGGAAUCCUCCUUUGCUGCUGGACUUGAUGAAGAACCUCUGUGAUCUUUCAGGCCCUUUGGAUACGCUGGGAAUCUACAAAACCAACCCAGGAAUGAUUGGUUUCUGCGGCCUCCUCUCCUCCCUGGUGGGGAUCCUCACACUAGCAAUCCCACAUCUGAAGCUGAAACAGUGACAUAAAAGGAGCUGCAUAGUAUGAGGCUGCAGCUUUGAUCUUCUGAUAGAUUUUUAUCUUCACAUGGCACUUUUGAAUGAUCGUGUCUUACAAUAACCUCAAGACUAAUUUUCUCCUCUGAAUAAGUGAAUUCUGCCCUUUUUCCUUCCUUGUGCCUUUGCAGAAGAAUUUGGUGCCAUGACACACUCCCUGAUGGAGUGGAGAGAGGAGGCCAAGUAAUAUUUCACAAACAGAAAGAGGACUUGGAACUUGGCUGCUAGAUAAGAAAAUAUUCAUUUAUUUUAAUACAGGGUUGUGAAAUAGCUGCAUAGGCAACUGCAAUAGGUAUAUGAUUCAUGACUAAUCAUGUUUACACUGGAAAGCUUCAGUUCACUAACCCAAGGUCCCAACAGUCAGAUUGUCUGGAGUGGGCUAAGGCAGGUUAGAAUGGCCUGAAGUCAGGGAUGAGCAUUCUGAUGGGUUUGGGUUGGUGGAUCCUGUGUCCUGCAGGCACUGUCUGAGUGCACCUGGAGAUGAUCUCUGUGGUGUGCACUGGUGGUGCUGGAGCUGUACUCUAGUGAGUGCCAACUCCUGUCCCACGAAAUCUGCACUUUCUUCGUUUGAUACUGUGAGCCAAGGACUGUCGGCCAGUGACUCCGACUGCUCCAGCCAGCCACAGCUGAGAGCUUUGGUGCAGGAAAGCACAUUAACUCCCAAACCCCUGUAACUGCAAGCACAACAAUUUUCCAUUAAUCAUAUUGUGAUAAGGACCUUGUUUUUUUCUUUUAAUUUAACAUUAAAAAUUCCAGUAUAAUGAGGACUUUGGAACCUGCUGUUAAGGAGAGAAGCCUGGCUCAGAGCUCUCUGAGUCAGAAAAACUGCAAGGACGUGUUUCUAGUUGUGCAAGCUCCAGGAGGGAAGAGAAUGGAGCUGGUCAUGUUAACAUCAGAAUUCCCUGGGAGAAGAAAAGCUUUUUACUGGAUUUGGGCAUUCAUGGUUUCGAUUUUCCUAUCUGGUGCUCCCUAUCCUCCCUGCUCAUGACCACAAGAUUGGUUGUGUGUUCUCUCGCUGGCUGAAUGGGUUCAACCACUUGAAAACGCUUCAUGUUUGCCCUGCAACUGCAUUACUGUUCAUCACUGACCUCACUGGCAGUGAUGGCUGGCAGUGUAACUGGGUUAAAACAGAAAUGCUGUGUCCAGCUGUCUAGCAUGGCAUGCAGUUUUUGCUGCUCCUGACUUUGCAGAGUACCAGUCUGACACCAUCUGAGACAAAAUUGCACAUUAUAUAGGGGAUAAAUUUAACUUUUUUCUUUAUCAGAGUUAGGCCUGUGUGUUCUGCUGCUUCCUGGUGUAAGAACUCCUUGUUUAAUCUGUCAAGGAGAUGUGAACAGACUAUAGUAACCUGGACCAACGUGUUCUCUUAUUAUUUCUGAUGCUGUCUAAAACCAGAAAAUUAAAAGGUGUGGGUCUCCUUUAUUAAAAGGCAAAGGAUAUGGAAUUAAGUAGGCAGGAGAGGCAGUGCUCCAGUUUACCUGAAGUUGUUGUGGUUGGGCUUGGAAUUACUUCCAGUUUGAUUAUGAAGUGAUAGCCUGCCAGUGAAGUGUUUAAAAAGUAAGAGGUUGCUGGGCAGGAUAAUUGUGUUUGAAGACCAGAUGUGGCCUUCAGCAGCUCUUCUUUUUUAUAUGGAAAUGAGUAGCAUUAAAAGUAGAGCAUACUGGCAGUUCAGGCCAAAAUGGAGCAUUGUGUGUGGGAUAUGUUAUAUUCUAGGCUUCCUCUCCUUUAUAACAAUGGAAUUUUUUUGUUUUAUUCUCCAUUUGUCUUUCAUCUCCUGGCAAUGUGAACCCAUCCCUCCCUUGGUCAGAUUUGAUCAUUAUCCCAGUGUGUAGCAGCCCCUGGCAGAAAGGGAGUCUUGAUGAUCUGACCGUGGAGGUUUGACCACCUUUUGUCUACAGAAUUCCAUCUUAUUGCAAAAAAUGUGUUCUCAAUCCCACUCAGAGGAGCUCUCAGAUGCAAAAUAUUUCACAAAAUACUUUCACUGGUUUGCAAACUGCUUUCUCUUGCUCUCUUACACUUUGCAGGGAAUCCCAUACAGGGAUGUAGCCCAGUCUCCCCCUCCCUGUGCCCUGCAGGCAAACGCUGUGCAAAGCCCUGAGCCAGGCUUCGAUGUCUCUGGGUAGGGCCUGGUGUGGAUUAGCAUGUACAGCCUUAAUGUGGGAGAUGGGGGGUGAGUUUUCAGCCUGUCUCAGCCCUACCUGUCCCAUUCUCCAUGAUGCAGGCUAGAACAUACAGGAGUACCUCUGGUACUGGAUGUUAAGCACUUAAUAUUUGCCUUCUGCUCCUCAGCUGGAGGCUGGUGAUUUAAGGUACCUUAAUGUAAUGCAACUGAAGCCAUAGGAUCAGGAUCAUAUGGAGAAAAUCCUUUUAGUGCCUUGUUUUGUAUCUGUUUCUAAUACAGCAAUUGGAGUAAGAACAAGGUGUUUGAAAAUGAGCAAUAAACUGUGAUGAGUGUG